AUGUUAGAUGAAUUGUCGCAUCGUGUUAAUUGGAAAGAUAAUAACACACAUACUACAAUUAGAAAUGAUUUAACUAGCUUUACAACUAGUUUUCAUGAAACACCUAAAAAACGAUUUAAGGCAGAUUCUUCUUCUGAAUGUUGGACUAACUUAGAAGAUUGUAAACUACUUGAUCAUGUUUCACGACUAGGUGAAAAUCGUUGGAAUCUUAUUGGUAAAAAACUUGGCAAAUCAGCUUUUCAAUGUUCCGAAAGAUAUUUAAAACAUUUACGUCCACAAAUGUUCAAAUCUAGUAAAACUUAUACAACUUUAAUCCAACAUAAUAAUAAUCAUAAUCAUCAUGUUUUACCACAAACUAUACCUAAUACACAAUUAAUAAAUUCAUCAACAUGGACUAAUGAAGAAGAUUCAACUUUAUUUCAAUUAUAUUUAACUUAUGGAUCGAAUUGGGAAUUAAUAGCAAAUCGUUUAACAACAACUACCAACAAUCAUGCUGGUGGUAGUGGUUUAUGCAAACAAAAACGUACUGCUAUUGAUGUUAGAAAACGAUAUGAAAAAAUUAUUCUACAAUAUAAUUGGCCUAUAUCAAAUCAAGAAAAUCGUCCUUUAUCUAGUCUGCUAUUUCGUAAUUCAUUAUUAUCUUGGUCGAAUAGCUCGAAGAAUAAUAGUAGUACUCACAAUAACAACAACAUCAACACCAACAACAGCGGCACAAACAAUGCUCGACCAACUUAUGUCAUUCCAUUAUCUUCAUUAAAGUCAACGAAUAAUAAUAACAAUAAUAGUAAUAAUAAUAAUAAUGAGUCUACAACAAAUGGAAAUUGGACAAUUCGUCUAACUCAAUCAACUCAUCAUCAUGAUUCAGGUUUUAAUGAAUCUGGUUUAUCGAAUAGUGGUACUCAGCAGUUAUCAUCAUCAGUUGGAAGUAAUUCACAACAGUCGUUAAGUUAUUCCAUUGUAACAACUUCUAUCAGUUCACAGAAUUCUUUAUUAUCAACAUCAACUCCGGUGGAUUUAAUUAAAACUACUCCAUUAUUACCUAGUCCUGAUAAAUCUCAAUCUAAUCUACCAUUAUCAUCUGCAUCAUUGUUGAUCAAAUCAAAUUCAUUGCCUAAAUUACUUGAAUCCAAUAGUAUUAUUAUAAAUGAUCUCAUAAAUUCUUCGAAUUCUCUUCAUUCACCAAAACUAACCUCAUCACCUUCAUUAAUCCUCAAUCAAUCCUCAUUGUCAUCAUCAACCAAUCAUCAUGAUUCAUUGCAUAUUCUCAUCGCUGAUAAUGAUGAUGAUGAUGAUGAUGACCAGAACAACAUCACUGAUCAUCAUCAUCAUCAUCAACAGCGACAACCACAACAACAACAUCAGUCACAACCAUCACAAAAUCAUCAUCAUCACCAGCAUCAACAUCAACACCAACAUCAAUUUGUGAUACAAACACCUACAAAAGCAUUAAGUGAAGCAGAUCAAUUAUCAUUUCAUUUAACUAGUCCACCAGCUGUAUUAGGUUCAGCUGGUCGUUAUGCUACAACCACAAAUGUUAAUAAUCAUUAUAAAUUAUUAGAUUUAGAUAAAACACCAAUUGGUUCAAGAUUUCAACAAUGUUCACGACUAGAUGGUGAUGGUGUACCAGAAGCAGCAGCACCACCGUUACGUAGACCACUUUGUACUAGAUUAUUUGAUAAUAUCCCAAAUGAUCAUUCUUUACCGUCAACAACAACACCUUCAUCAUCAUUCCAAACCGAGAAUAGUAAUCAUCAUCAUCAUCAUAAUGGUCGUAAAAAUUUCUCAACAAAAACAAAUUAUCCAACUUUAUCCUCUUCAUCAACUUAUCAUUCAUAUGAUGAAGCUAAAUGUAUAGCUAUUCUUACAGCAAAAGCUACUGUAUGGAAUCGUGCAUUGUUACCAAUCAGUUCCACUGCCAGUUCAUCAACAUUCACAUCGACAUCUUCAUCAAUGUCAACAUUGCAACGAUCUCAUUAUUCAACUUAUCCUCCUCCUGCUUCUACUGCUGCCGCUGUAAAUCGAUUCAAAGAUGAUCAUAACAGCAACAACAACAACAGCAGUCAGUCUAGUUGGAAUACUGCCGCAUCAUCAUCACAUGGUGUAAAUUGGUCAAUGUAUAAAAAAGAUAAUAAACUGAUUGAUGACAAUUUGAUGAAAUCGUCAUUGAAACCGUUAAAAUUUUCCAAACGAAAACAACCACAUUUUAUUCUUCGACGUAUUGUACAAAUAGCAAAUGAAAAUGAUUGGCAAGAAGUUGCUUAUAGUCAUAAUUCUACUGUACAAACAUUAAUUCAAUCAGCGAAAUUAUUUUUAAAGCAUCAUUCUGAACAACAGCAACACCAACCAGCUAACAAUGAAUUCAUUCAAAAUCUCACAUCACCCAAUUCAUCAUUCUCUUCACCGUUGUUAUCUCCUCAUCCACCUACAACCACAACCACCGCAUCGACCAGAUCCUCGAUCGAAUCCAUUGAUGAUCAUUCGUCUGCUUCAGCAGCAGCAGUAAUAGUAGCAGUUGGUCAAAACGAAUCCAUGAUGGCCUAGUGCAGAAAAACAGUAAGCAACGCCUACACUGACAACGCCAACAUCAACUUCCAAUCCAAUUAAUGUCGCUUAAUAGUCUCCUCCUUCAUUUUUUUGGUUUAUUAUCGAUUCUGUAAUUGAUUUAAUGAUUAAUUUUGGUUUACUUUCAUUUUUAUGAUGUCUUGAAUUCAUUAGUCGCGUAUUGGGCG